ACCACUCAACAAUACCGUAUAAAUGAAAGAAUCUUUCAUCACUUCAUUUAGUAGGCGACCUCGUAAUCGCGUUGUUGCUCAAAAAAAAUAUUAAGUAAUUAAGUAUCAAUUGCGCGAAGCGUAUUAAUUUCCUUAAACACUAUUGUGUAACACUACUUAUUGUUAGUACAAAGUAACGUAGAAAUAAUAUCUGAUUAACGCAUUAAAAUUUUCUGUGAUAUUUUGUGAGAAAAUAAUAUAAUAUAACGAUGACUGUUCAAAAACACGAAUCUCGGCUUUUAAUACCCGAGAAACAGGCCAUGCAUCCACCACCGAGUAAAGAGAAACCAAAGAAUCCCAGAGAAGAUGCCAAUCCACUCUCUAUAAUUACAUUUGCGUGGUUUGUUCCAACUUUUAUAAAAGGCUUUAAAAAAACUUUAGACGAAGACGAUCUCUUUGCAACCCUUCCAGAACACGAGUCGGGCUUUUUAGGUGAUAAACUUGAAGAAGCAUGGAUGAAAGAAGUAAAGAAGACGAAACCGUCGUUUGGAAUGACUUUAUUUCGAGUUUUUGGACCGAAAUUGAUGUGUUACGGAAUAAUAACUGUUAUAAAUGAGCUAGUUUUAAAAGUAACUCAAACUUUAGCUUUAGGAAGACUUAUACAUUAUUACACCCCCGGACAAACAGAUAUAAACGAAAGUAAAGCUUACAUGUACGCUGGAACGAUAAUUUGUUGUUCAUUUUUAAACGUAAUGUUUGGUCAUAAUUACAUGCUUGGAUUACAACACUUGGGGAUGAAAAUGAGGGUGGCUUGUUGCUCGUUGAUUUAUCGAAAGGCAUUGAAAAUGAGCAAAGUUGCUUUGGCGGAUACAACAACGGGUCAAAUGAUAAAUUUACUUUCAAACGAUGUAAACAGAUUCGAUUAUGCGAUUAUUAAUGUCCACAAUUUAUGGGUUGGACCUAUUCAAAUGUGUUUAAUAAUGUAUUUAGUUUAUUAUCACGUUGGAUGGACUGGAAUUAUUGGAAUUUGCUUCAUUAUUUUAUUUUUACCCUUACAAAUAUAUUUGGGAAAAAGAACUUCAGUUCUACGUUUAAGAGUAGCUAUUAAAACUGAUGAAAGAGUAAGAUUAAUGAACGAAAUUAUAACAGGAAUGCAAGUUAUUAAAAUGUACGCUUGGGAGAAGCCGUUUGCGAUGUUAGUGGCUUUAGUAAGGCGUUUGGAAAUAGCUGAAAUCAAAAGAACUUCGUAUAUAAAAGGAACGAUAUUAUCGUUUACCAACUUCAUGGGAAGUUUAGCACUUUUCUUAAGCAUUUUUACUUACACUUUAAGUGGAGGUAUUGUUAGUGCCGAAUACGUUUUUGUUAUAAGUUCAUUUUAUAACAUAUUGAGACAAUCAAUGACGGUUUACCUUCCAAAUGGAAUCACUCAAUGCGCUGAAGCUUUAGUUUCUAUUCGAAGACUUCAAAAUUUUUUAGCCGUUGAAGAAAGAAAUCCCCCUCAAAUAGCGCAAAAUGGAAUAAACACCCACGAAAUAAAACCUGAUGGAAUUGAGAUUAAAAAUGCCACAGCUAAAUGGGUUCCUUCAUCUCCUAAAAAUACAUUAACAAAUAUUAAUUUAAAUGUCCUCGAAGGUCAAUUAGUUGCUAUCAUUGGAUACGUUGGUAGCGGAAAAACCAGUUUACUUCAUGUAAUCCUUCAAGAAUUACCACUUUUAGAAGGUGAUUUACACGUGUAUGGAUCGAUUUCUUAUGCUUCUCAAGACCCAUGGCUUUUCGGUGGCUCAAUAAGAGAUAAUAUUCUUUUUGGGCAACCUUUUAAAAGCGAUAGAUAUCAAAAAGUAACUAAAGUAUGUGCUUUAGAAAGAGAUUUUUCUUUAUUUCAACAUGGAGAUAUGACACUUGUUGGUGAAAGAGGAGUAACUUUAAGCGGAGGCCAAAAGGCUCGAAUAAAUUUAGCUAGAGCUAUUUAUAAAGAAUCGGAUGUUUAUUUAUUAGAUGAUCCUUUAGCUGCUGUUGAUACGUACGUAGCUAAAACACUUUUUGAAGAUUGCAUUAUGGGCUUUUUGGGUCAUAAAUGUGUUAUUUUGGUUACAAAUCAAUUGCAAUUUUUGCGAUCGGUUGACAAAAUUUAUUUACUUGAAAAUGGUGAAAUAGCAGGUUCUGGAAAUUACCAAGAACUUCAAGAAAGUGGGCUAGAUUUUGCCGAAUUAUUAGACGAUGAAACUGUUGAAGAAGACACGAAAAGUGAACAGGAAAAUUUGCAUUACGAACCGAGUACUUUGAGUGGACAAGAACAAGUUGUAGCUAGGGAAUCAAGAUUUUCCGGCACAAUUGGUUCGAAAAUUUAUGGAAGUUAUUUUAGAGCGGGUGGAAGCGGAUGUUUUAUUUUUUUCUUGAUGUCUCUAUUUAUUAUUGCGCAAAUAUCAGCGAGUAGUUGCGAUUAUUUUUUAAGUUAUUGGACAAAUCUUGAACAAACUAAAGCAGUUCAUAAUUUUACAAGAUCGCAAGAAGAAGAAUACAUCUCAAGAGAUACAACGUUAUAUAUUUACGCUUCAAUCGUUAUUUUUACUGUAUUUAUAUUCUUAACAAGAUCUUUUAUAUUCUUCGCUUUUUGUAUGAGAUCAUCAACAAAUUUACAUAAUCGAAUGUUUUCAAAAAUCGUUCAAGUUCCGAUGCGGUUUUAUAAUACGAGUUCGUCGGGACGAAUUUUAAAUAGAUUUUCUAAAGAUAUGGGGUCGAUUGAUGAGAUACUUCCGGUUGUUAUUAUUGAUACAAUUCAGAUAGGUUUAAAAGUGAUGGGAAUAACUGGAGUUGUAGCCACAGUCAAUCCAUAUCUUUUAGGUGUAGCAUUAGUAAUUUUAACAUUUUUUUAUAUAUUACGAAAAUUUUAUUUGGCAACAAGCAGAAAUGUUAAAAGAUUAGAAGGAGUGACUCGUAGUCCAGUUUUUACUCAUAUAAGUUCAUCAUUACAAGGAAUAACAACAAUAAGAGCAUUCGGCGCUGAAGAAAUGCUAAAAAGAGAAUUCGAUAUGCAUCAAAAUUUGCAUAGCUCAGCUUGGUUUAUGUUUUUGGGAAGUUCAAGAACUUUUGGAUUUUGGUUGGAUUUAAUUUGUGUUGUUUAUAUCGCAUGCGUAACAUUGAGCUUUUUGGUUAUGCGACAUGAGCAAUUUGGAGGAAACGUUGGUUUAGCUAUAACUCAAUCGAUUAUGCUGACGGGAACUUUUCAAUGGGGAAUGAGGCAAUGGAGUGAAUUAGAGAAUCAAAUGACUUCGGUUGAAAGAGUUGUGGAAUACACUAAAUUGGAAUCUGAAGAAAAAGUGGAACAGAAAAAGACCACGCCGGAAAAUUGGCCAACAGAAGGAAAAAUUCAAUUUAAAUAUGUUAGCUUAAGAUAUUCACCAAAUGAGUCAUUUGUACUUAAAAAUCUUAGUUUUACAAUUGAACCACAAGAAAAAGUGGGAAUUGUUGGGAGAACGGGAGCAGGAAAAUCGAGUUUAAUAUCGGCACUUUUCCAAUUAACAAAAAUUGAAGGACAAAUCCUCAUCGAUGAUUUAGAUAUUUCAAUUUUUUCUUUACCAACGGUUAGAUCAAAAAUUUCAAUCAUCCCGCAAGACCCCGUUCUUUUUUCGGGAACUUUAAGAAAAAAUUUAGAUCCUUUCAAUCAACACUCAGAUGAAGAACUUUGGAGUGCCUUAGCCGACGUCGAAUUAAAACAAUUAAUUGCUAAUAGCCCAUUAAAUUUAAACACCAAAGUAUCCGAAGGUGGUACUAAUUUUAGCGUCGGUCAAAGACAAUUAAUUUGUUUAGCAAGGACUAUUUUACGAAAAAAUAACAUUUUAAUUCUGGAUGAAGCCACUGCCAAUGUUGAUCCAAAAACCGACUUUUUAAUACAACAAACAAUUCGUGAUAAAUUUUCUGAUUGUACCGUUUUAACAAUUGCUCACAGAUUGAAUACUGUUAUGGAUUCUGAUAAGAUUUUAGUUAUGGAUGAUGGUGAGGCUAAAGAAUUUGAUCAUCCUUAUGUUUUAUUGAAGGCACAAGGAAUAUUUUAUGGGAUGGUUCAACAAACUGGAAGAAGUAUGUCAGAUACAUUAACAAGGGUAGCUGAAUCUAAUUACAACUCGAGUAAUAAAAAGAAAACUAAUUGA